GGGCGGGGCUGGCUGUGCGGUUCAGCUAGGACUGAAUGAACAGACCCGGAAGGAAUGUGCCCUGUGUGGAGCGGCUGGCAGUGCAUUUAGAGGGUACCGGGGCAGGUGAUUGUCACCGAACAGCAUAGGGCGCUUAUUGCAUAUAGUGCUGGUAACAAUGUCACUGGCAGCCCAGCGGCACUAAGGCACAGCUCUCUCUCUCGGUGCCCUCUCUGCAUGGCAACUGCCAUGUAUCCCAGCGGAGACCGCACAGCAGUGACAGCACAACCAUAGGGAGGCCGGCAUAGUCUGUGGGAUCGGCAUUGCACAGAGUACAUCGGCAGAACUCGGAGCGACAAUGCUGAAAGCAUUCAUAGGGAGCAAUGUUGCCUACGAACGGAUCUCUAGCAACGGCAAGAAAGACAAUCCUGAGAAGAAUGCAUCUUUGCUCAGCCGGUUGACCUAUUCCUGGUACAGCAGAAUAAUAACACUUGGUUACAAGAAGCCAUUGGAAAGAGAAGAUCUUUUUGAACUCAAUGAUAAUGAUUCCUCAUACACUGUCAUCCCAAUCUUUGAGAAGAACUGGAGGAACGAAGUAGCAAGACAGGCACAGAAGGGCACGGUGUCCAAGAAUGUGUCCCUGUUGCGCGCCUUGUGGAACACCUUCAAGUACUCACUUAUCCAGGUGGCUUUCAUGAAAGUGAUAGCGGAUAUAUUGGCCUUUUCAAGUCCUCAGAUUUUAAAGCGAAUGAUAGCUUUCACCGAGGAGCGGCCAGAUGAAGGCUGGACUGGAUAUGCACUUGCUUUGCUUCUCCUCGUUGUCACUGUAUCGCAGACGCUCAUCCUGCAACUCUACCAACGCUUCAAUAUGCUUGCUGCAGUCAAAAUGAAAACCUCCGUUAUUGGCCUGAUUUAUAGAAAGGCAUUACAGUUGGCAUACUCUUCUCGGAAGAAAUUCACAACAGGGGAACUGGUGAACCUGAUGUCGUCAGACGCUCAGCAACUCAUGGACCUGACGGUGAACCUGAAUCUUCUUUGGUCAGCCCCGUUCCAGAUUCUGAUGGCUGUUGUGUUCCUGUGGCAGGAGCUGGGGGCUUCGGUCCUUGCCGGUGUGGGGGUGCUCAUUUUGGUCAUACCAAUAAAUGCAUUCAUUGCUUCCAGAGUGAAACAGCUCAAGAAAAGUCAUUUGAAGAGUAAAGACCAGCGCAUUAAGCUACUGAAUGAGAUUUUACAUGGAAUUAAAAUAUUAAAGCUGUAUGCCUGGGAGCCUUCAUACCAAAGGAAAGUGGCUGAUAUUCGAGAGAGUGAAAUGGACGUGCUGAAAUCGUCCGGCUACCUGACUACCUUCUCUAUGCUGACCUUGACUUGCAUUCCUUUCCUGGUUUCCAUGGCAACCUUUGGAGUGUACUUCUUAUUGGAUGAUGCAAAUGUUCUGACGGCAUCCAAAGUCUUCACCACCAUCUCUCUCUUUAAUAUCUUGCGGCUGCCGCUCUUUGAUUUACCCACGGUGAUCUCCUCAGUAGUGCAGACCAGGGUGUCACUUGGCCGUUUAGAGAACUUUUUUUGCGGUGAAGAAAUCAACACAGAAAACAUUGAAACCAAAUAUAGUGGAAGCCACGCUGUGGGGUUUUCAGGCGCAUCUUUUCAGUGGGAUAAAACUGGACCCUCUAUCUUGAAAGAUUUGGACUUCAAGAUUCCGGAAGGAUCGUUAGUCGCUGUUGUGGGCCAAGUCGGCUCUGGAAAAUCGUCUCUGCUCUCUGCCAUCCUGGGGGAAAUGAAUACACUUGAGGGGAAAGUUCAAAGAAAGGGUGCCGUUGCCUAUGUUAGCCAGCAAGCGUGGAUACAGAAUGCUCUCUUUCAAGAAAAUAUCCUCUUUGGCUUGGCCUUCAAUAAGCAGCACUACGAAAGAGUCCUGGAAGCCUGCGCUUUGCUCCCUGAUCUUGAGCUUUUGCCGAAUGGAGAUCAAACAGAAAUUGGAGAAAGGGGCGUAAACCUGAGUGGUGGGCAGAAGCAGAGAGUGAGCCUGGCCAGAGCUGUUUACAGCAACGCCGACAUCUACUUACUGGAUGACCCUUUAUCUGCAGUCGACGUCCAUGUUGGAAAGCACUUGUUCGACAAACUCAUUGGACCAAAGGGAUUAAUAAAGAAUAAGACAAGGGUCCUGGUGACCCACAGCCUGACAGUCCUUCCUCAGACAGAUCUCAUCAUUGUGAUGGAAGAGGGCAGAGCAGCUCAUAUUGGAACAUAUCAGGAGCUCAUGUCAAAACGUCAGAACUUUGCAGACAUGAUUCAGACCUUCAACAAGGGAACAGAAAAUGAGCAACUAUCUGACACAGCUGGUGUCUUCAGAGACCCUAAAGCUCUUCAGAGAACUAAGUCACAACAUGAAGAUGGAUUUAUUAAAAAGGACAGGACAUUAACAGAAAUGUCAAAGAUGCCAAGUAUGAAGAAGGAGAAGGUUGCCACUGGAAAUAUGAGAAUGUCUAUUGUCAUGAAGUACCUAUAUGCAUUUGGAUGGUCCUGGGUAUGGUUUACUGUCAUUGCCUAUAUUGGCCAGAAUGCAUUGGCUGUGGGACAGAAUGUUUGGCUCAGCAGGUGGGCAACAGAGGCCAAGGGAAUAAGGGAAACAAGUGAAUGGACAGAGCUCAGGAACAACAGACUGGGGAUCUAUGGACUGCUGGGAUUUGUGCAAGGCAUUUUGGUAUGUUACGGUGCCUAUGUGGUCACCAGAGGGACGAUUUGUGCAUCGCGCUUAUUGCACAACCAAAUGUUGGACAACGUUUUGCACCUUCCUCUUCAGUUCUUCGAAACCACACCUAUGGGUCAACUUCUUAACAGAUUUACUAAAGACGUGUAUGUGAUAGACGAGCGUUUCCAUUACUACUUACGCACCUGGUUGAACUGCAUGCUCGAUGUCCUUGGGACCAUCAUUGUCAUUGUGUAUGCUACUCCGAUUUUCAUUCUUGCAGUUGUUCCCCUUGGAUUCCUGUACCUGCUUAUCCAACGAUACUACAUCUCCAGUUCACGGCAAAUCAGAAGACUUGAUGGCGCCUCUCGUUCCCCUGUGAUCUCUCACUUUGGCGAAACACUGAUGGGGGCACCGACUAUCAGAGCCUAUGGACAUCAGGAGAGGUUCAUCAAUCAGAACAAAGACGUGGUGAAUGAAAACCUGGUUUGCUACUAUAAUAACGUCAUAUCAAACAGGUGGCUUGCUGUGAGGCUGGAAUUUCUUGGAAGUUUGAUGAUAUUCUUUGCAGCCCUAUUUGCUGUCCAGGCUGGGGAUAAAAUGAAUUCGGGCAUAGUGGGAUUAUCAAUAACGUAUGCAUUAAAUAUCACCCAGACUUUAAAUUUUUGGGUUCGUAAGGCAUGUGAAAUAGAAACCAACGGUGUUGCCAUUGAAAGGAUUUGUGAAUAUGAAGAAAUGCAGAAAGAGGCUCCCUGGAUCAUGGGCAAGAGACCUCCUGUGCGUUGGCCAGACCAAGGCAUAAUAGAGUUUGUCAAUUACAAGGCACGCUAUAGGGAAGAUCACGAUCUUGCCCUUCAGGAUAUAACUUUCCGCUUGCAUGCUACAGAGAAGCUGGGAAUCGUUGGAAGAACUGGAGCUGGGAAAUCCACCCUCACAAACUGUUUGUUCCGGACAGUCGAAGGCACAGGAGGCAAGAUCAUUAUUGAUGGAAUUGACAUAGCAACGAUUGGACUCCAUGAUUUGAGAAGCAAACUUAAUAUCAUACCUCAGGACCCUGUCUUGUUUUCUGGGACCCUCCAAAUGAAUCUAGAUCCUCUAGAGCAGCAUUCUGAUGCCGAGCUGUGGGAAGCUCUAGAAUUGUGUCACCUGAAACCCUUUGUGAUGUCCCUUCCAAAACGGCUUUACCAUGAUAUUUCUGAAGGGGGUGAAAAUCUAAGCGUUGGACAAAGGCAAUUGAUCUGUCUGGCUCGUGCCCUGCUGCGCAAAGCAAAGAUCCUGGUUUUAGAUGAAGCAACAGCCUCUAUUGAUAUGGAAACUGAUAACUUGGUACAAGCCACAAUCCGUAAGGCCUUCUCCGACUGCACCGUCCUGACCAUAGCGCACCGGCUGCACAGCGUUCUGGAUUCAGAAAGAGUGCUUGUUCUGGACGCUGGCCGAGUUGUAGAAUUUGGUGAGCCCCAACGACUGAUAGAGAAGAAAGGAUAUUUCUCUCGGAUGAUAUCAGAAGCUAAGAUCCUCCAAAGUGGCCAUGCAGAGAAUUAACCCAAGGCAGAUGAGUAUUAGCUAAAGAUCUUUUAAAUGCAGCAGAAAGAAGUUGAGUUCCCUUUCUUUUGCCAUUCAACCAACGCUGCCUUUAAACACUCCAUCCUCCUGGUUACUUAGCAAUAACCCAUUCUUUGCAUAUCAUUCUUUGUACAAUGAAGAGAAGUGAUGGAAAGCAGAAAAUAAAUAAUAAUGGUAUGUUUUUAAUGGAUCUCUGGGUUCCACAGGCAUCUCAGCACGUUCUACAUGUCAGCCAGGAACAGCAACUGCUCACUUCGAUUGUUAUUAAAUAUAUGGGGAGUGGUGUUUAUUCAAAGGAGAAGUUUUACAGAAAAAUUAACUAUUCUUGUGUUCUAGAAAUUGAGAUACUGAAAGGAUCUGUAUCUCCUCUUCCCUUUUUUUAUUUGCUUUUCUAUUCCACUUAUCUAAAAUCAUGUUGUUUAGUGGCCCUUAUAAUCCAAAGCAUUCAUUGUGCUGCACUCUGGAAGGCAAGUCAUAGUCUAGCUGAAAGGGUUAAUGGCUGUAGUAGCCAGUUUGCAGUUUCAUUAAUCAUUGCGGAGAUGUUUUGUUUUGGGUGAGGGAUGACAACACAGAGCAUGCUCCAUCUGUAAGAAAGAAAAAAGAUAAAGACCGAUGACAAAUAUUCUUCCUAUACCUAUAGUGAUGUGCAGGCCACCUAAAAACCCGUAAGACCUAUGUGCCCUGGCCCUUUGGUGAUGCCACUGAUGGGUGGGGUGGAAACAGGCCUAUAAAUACUGAGUGGGUUAGGGUGGGAUGCAGAUCACUAAUGCCCACAUCAUAUUUAAUGUACAUUCUAAGGCACACAUUCCUUUUAAAGGAAACGACCAAAGCAAUAAAGUAUUUCACUACCUCAGUGGAUGUGGCCAGUAUCAGAACCUUCAGAAAAACAAUGCCCUGGAGCUGAGAAGGGGGGGGGGGGAGGAUUUUGCUCCAGGUACUGGAUUUACAGGGUCAGCCAAGUGGGUGUUGAUUUCUCUCCUUAGAUUGGAGCAGGGGGGUCCCAUCUUCAAAAUGUCAAGAAGCCUUGAGAAGCAACAUAGAAGGUUGAGUGAUAGUUGAAGGACCAUGAAAGGGUAACCCAGCAGGGGACCAAUGUAUUAGGAAACCCCCCAUGUAUUAAAUCACUUUUAAUCUUUUUUUUUUUUUUUUUUUUUUUUACAUGUACUGGUGCUUCUGUUUAGAAAAUAUUGCACUAGUCUGGAGAGCUUUUUCACUUUUUAAUAUUCGCCAAGGUUCCCUUGCAGCUUGCAGCUUGCAGCUAGGCUUUCACAUGCAACAAUAUAGUAUAGUAAUAUUAGAAAAUGUUACUCUUGUGCCCAUGCACAAGUCUGGGAGCCUUGGGAAAUAUGGGUAAGAUAGGGCCGUGGUGCCAGGUAAGAAGAUGCCUGCACCUGUGGAAUUUUUUCCAACUUGUUUUUUUGCGGAAAAAGCAUUUUAAUACAUCGGAAGGUACCUAAAAGCUUGGCGCCAUCCCACAGUGCAUUACCCUUUCCUUGUCUUUUAAGGAAACGUGCUUGCUGAAUCAGCCAAAAUCCAUGACUAAAGACAAUAGGGCUCAUUUACAUUGCAGCAUGCAGUGUGCAAAGUGCAAAAAAAAUAGCCAUUCCAUAGUGCAGAGACCUGUGGGCAAGUAGGGAUAUAGUCACAUCCUGGUGUGUUAGGUUCCCUCCAUGCAUGGAGACAGCACUGGUUUUGACAGGUACAAAGCUGCAGAAAAGUCCGUUUUUUACGCCUCUAUUUGCUCAUUUCAAAUACUCAGGGAUGCAUAUGCUGCAAGCAAUAACAGCUAGCUGGUUUUAAUAGAAUGGAAUGGAUUUUUCUUUAAAUGAUUAGUGUAGUGUGGAUAUAUAUAUACAGUAUGUAUGCCAUAUUACUUACCUCUUCUUCCUGUAUCAUAUGCACCACAACAUUAUACAACACAGCCUAAACUUGUGGAAAUCAUUUUGUGCUGCACUGUUUCUUUUUUAUAAAUUUGUACGUUAUAUUUUUAUUAGACUACUGAUAGAGCAUCUCACAGCUUGAAAGGGGGUAGUUAAUUUGAAAAUAUAAAAUGAAGAGCUUGUAUACAAAUGUUAGUAAUAAAAAUGAGAAUAACAAUACAAUGAGAACCUUACAGUUGAUCUGUUUUUUUGGUUGCCGGUGGUGCUGACCGCAGCAACCAGAUAAUUUUAGUUGCAGGCAUAAAUUGACAGAAAAGGAAGAAUAAGAAUUAGAAAAUCAUAAAAAAUGGAGGCCAGUUUAAAAAUUGGUCAACAUAAUGUAAAUGAAAGUAAAUGCACCUUCAACCGAUGGUUAUGCCAAGUGCAGCUGCGGUCACUUUGGAAUAUGGCUGUUUUUGUUGUCGGUGGAAGAUGAUAUCAUGCGGGUAUAUUUUUGUCUUGUAUAGAAUAAAAACAUUCAAAUAUUUUUAUGUAGGAAAUUUUGAAAAACAUUGUAAUGAAAAGGUAAAUAUGUAAAAAUAAAGAUAUUCCUGAAUGAUA